ACGUGAGUGAAAACUGUUGUCCGUGUCUAGUAGAUAGGAACGUGCCGAACCGUACAGCGUGUGCCCUCAAGAACUAGUGAUUUCUUAGUCUUGCAGCACAUUUUGGGCAGUGAAAGAAACUUUAGCAAACAAAAAACAAUGGCUGAAGGAACGUACGAGUACGAAUGCAUGCGGGCUGAACUGUUGGGCGUUGAGAAGCCUAAUCGCGAAGAGUUUGAGGAAAAAAUGAGACUCCGCAAGGAGACGGAACAAGAGGAAAUGUUGGCCGACCAGUUGACGGAAGUGGAUCUUAACGAUGAACAAAUGGGUAGUACUUCUGGAAAGAUGGAUGAACUAAACAGUAUUUUAUCAAUAACUCAACAACGAAUCAACAAAUUUAAGGUUGCUUGUGGAAGCUUAACAACUUUGCUUAAAUUCCGGCCAUCAACUCCCAGCGAAGGGGCUGCUUCAGGCGAUCAAGCUAAUGAGGCUACAUCUAGUUCGAUCAACGAUGCUCUUGAAACAUUAGAUUCCAUGAAGGAAGUUCAGAACGCUUCGGAUGCUAGUGUCGCCAAAACGGCUGCCACGGAUUUGGGACAAAAGAUGACCUGUCAGCUUGGUAAGCUCGAUGCAUUGCUUAACAAAGCGGACAAUGCUACCUACUCUAUGAAACAUCAAACAGAUCAAAUGAAAAAGAUAGCAAAGUAAGAACAUGAACGUAAUCAUGCGUAACAUACACCAAUCAAACAUAACGCCUACGCUUUUGUAAACUAUUUCUAAUCUUUCCAAAAAUACUACUGUUUAAAGUACGCCUAUAAUAUGUUUCUUACAGUUAAGUUUUCCAUUUUUAUCUAUUUAGCUGACUAUACAUUCCAGUUUAGGAGUUUAUCUUUACAAAUUAGAACCCGUUUAAGCUUCCCUCUAUCACUAUAUAAGAGUUUUUCUCGUUGCAAAGUGGCUGUCUUCCAGAGAAUUGAAAUUAUAGUUUCGGUCCGAUAAUGCUUCUACAACGAAAAUCGCGACGGCGAAAAAUAGUUUCAGGAGAGUGAUAUGAAAAACACCGAAUCAGCAUGUGAUAUCAGUUUGCACCACAUGUACAGAUAUAUAUUCGAAAAAUAGAUAUUAUUAUACGUGCAUAAUUAUUAUUGGUAGCGCUAGUUGUUGUUGUUAUUGAUGUUGUCUUUACAUGGAUUUGAA